UGUUUCGACAGGGUGACAUAGGCACUAGUUGGUAUGCUGUCCUGUCUGGCUCCCUGGAUGUCAAAGUGUCAGAAACAGCUAAUCAUCAGGAUGCAGUCACAAUCUGCACCCUGGGGAUUGGGACGGCCUUCGGGGAGUCCAUCCUGGACAACACGCCUCGCCACGCUACCAUUGUCAGCAGAGAGACCAGUGAGCUUCUUCGAAUUGAACAGAGGGAAUUCAAAACCCUCUGGGAGAAGUACCGUCAGAGCCUUGCUGGAUUGUUGGCCCCGCCUUAUGGAGCCAUGGAGAGUGGCUCAAACAAUGACAGACUGACAGACAAAGACAACAUGACCUCAGACUCUGGAAACAAGACUCACAACAAGGUUCCCUCGGAGAAGCUGCAGAGAGCAGGAAAGGUUCUCCGUAAUGCUAUUCUGUCCAGAGCACCACACAUGAUACGUGACAGAAAAUAUCACCUGAAAACAUACAGACAAUGCUGCGUAGGAACAGAACUGGUGGACUGGUUGGUGAUGCAGAGUGCCUGUGUUCUCACACGCUCCCAUGCUGUAGGGAUGUGGCAGGCACUGCUGGAAGAGGGAGGGCUUAACCAUGUGGACCAGGAGCUGGGCUUCCACGACAAGUACCUUUUUUAUCGGUUUCUUGAUGAUGAGGAGCAGGACACACCAUUACCUAGUGAGGAAGAGAAGAGAGAGAGCGAGGAAGAACUGCCAGAGACCAUCCUGUUUCUGGCUCAGAUCGGCCCAGAUGCACUGCUGCGCAUGAUCCUAAGGAAACCGCCAGGGCAGAGGACAGCAGAUGACCUAGAGAUCAUCUACGAUGAGCUGCUUCACAUCAAGGCCUUAUCUCACCUCUCCAACACUGUGAAGAGGGAACUGGCAAGCGUUGUGAUUUUUGAAUCCCAUGCAAAAGCUGGAACUGUGUUGUUCAACCAAGGAGAAGAGGGAACAUCUUGGUACAUUAUCCAGAAGGGCUCUGUAAACGUGGUUAUUUAUGGCAAGGGGGUGGUGUGUACACUCCAUGAGGGGGAUGACUUUGGCAAGCUAGCUCUGGUUACAGACUCACCUCGUGCUGCCUCCAUCGUUCUGAGGGAGGACAACUGCCACUUCCUUCGUGUAGAUAAGGAGGACUUCAACAGGAUACUCAGGGAUGUGGAAGCAAACACAGUGCGUUUGAAGGAGCAUGAACAAGCGGUGCUGGUUUUAGAGAAAAGUCCCAGGGCAUCCACAUUGGGAAGCAUCAAAUACACUGUGAUAUCAGGGACGCCAGAGAAGAUUCUUGAACACUUCCUGGAGACAAUGAGGCUGGACAUUCAUCACAACGAACAAGAUCCAGCCGUGGAUGAUUUUGUUCUCAUGCAUUGCGUCUUCAUACCAAACAGCCAGCUAUGCCCAUUAUUAAUGGCACACUACCAUGUGGCCUCUCCACCGGGCUCUGAGCAGGACAGGCUUGAGUACACACUCAACAAUAAAAGGAGGGCCCUCAUUCUGACCCUGCGCUGGGCAAACACACACAGCUACCUUCUGCAGGAGGAGCCUGCUGCAAUCUCUUUCCUGGAGGAGCUCUAUGGAAGUGUGUCCAAUGAUUCUCGGACACUGAGAGGUCUCAAAGACUUGGUGCCUGACCUUGAAAAAGUGGUGAAGUUACAUUCAGAAGAGGCCAAAGCAACAAAAAAGAAGACCCUGAUUCGACAGUUCAGCAAUGGGGAAGAGAGGCUGCAGAAGAAACAGCCCAUCAGGAAUCAAGAUGACAUCCUCUUGAAGGUCUACUGCAGUGACCACACAUACACUACCAUCAGGAUCGCAGUUGUAGCCACUGGGAGGGAGGUGAUCAGCGCUGUGUCAGACAAGCUUGGCACCACUGAGGAGCUCCUGCUGGUGCAUCUUAGCUCUGCUGGUGAAAAGCAGAUAUUAAAGCCAAACGACGUGUCUGUGUUUUCUACGUUGAGCAUAAAUGGUCGUUUAUUUGCAUGUCCUCGAGAACAGCUCAACAGUCUGGCUCCCCUCCCAGACCAGGAAGGCCCCUCUGCUGGCUCCAUGUCGACCUUUGAGUUGAUGAGCUCCAAGGACUUGGCUUAUCAAAUGACCAUGUUUGACUGGGAGCUGUUCAGCUGUGUGCAUGAGCAUGAGCUGCUCUACCACACGUUUGGACGCCAUAGUUUUAGAAGAACCACUGCUAAUUUAGACCUGUUCCUGAGGAGAUUCAACCAGGUGCAGCUGUGGGUGGUCACUGAAGUAUGCCUCUGCACUCAGCUCAGCAAGAGGGUCCAACUUCUCAAGAAAUUCAUUAAGAUAGCUGCCCACUGUCGAGAGUUUAAGAACCUCAAUUCGUUCUUUGCCAUCAUUAUGGGGAUGAGCAACCCUGCUGUCAGCAGGCUGAGCCAGACAUGGGAGAAACUCCCCACCAAGUUUAAGAAGUUUUAUGCCGAGUUUGAGAGCAUGAUGGAUCCAUCAAGAAACCACCGAUCUUACAGACUAACUGUUACCAAGCUGGAACCACCAAUCAUCCCGUUCAUGCCGCUGCUUCUGAAAGAUAUGACAUUUACACACGAGGGCAACAAGACAUUUAUUGACAAUAUGGUUAAUUUUGAGAAAAUGCGUAUUAUAGCAAACACAAUUCGACAAGUGAGGCAUUGUCGAAGCCAACCAUUCAAUCCUGACAUUUGCCAGCCAAACAAGAAUCAAGCGGAGGUACGAGGCUACGUCAGGAAACUCUGUGUGAUUGACAACCAGAGGGCUCUAACGCAGCUCUCCUACAGGCUGGAGCCCCGGCGAACAUGAGCUUAAAACCUUCUACCGCCAUCGCCUUCUCUGUGAUAUUAGAAUAAAAUACAAGCUGCACACACAAACACAUCACCUGUUUGAAACGACUCAACAAGUGGACUUCUAGUAGCAAAUCACAGCUGUGAUUCUUCAAACUAUUACGGACUACCGCGGAUGAAGGACUUACAUACUGUGACGUAAAACGCCUCUUCCUGUUGGACUUCAGGAAACUGUUGCAGCUGCUCUCCUGUUGCUCUGUCUCACUAAGUGUUUAAAUUGUAGCAGUUAGUACUGUCUGCGGACCUGUUAGAUAGAACUGUAAUGUAUAGAACGUGAACCAAAUAUCCUGCAUGGCUGAACCUUAUAGGCUUGUGUUCUAUACAGUGGAUUUCUAUCAGAGUGUCCUGUACUGUUGUGUUAUCCCAGAGGGAGCUGAGUUCAAAGGGGAAGACAGUACCUGCUUGUGGAACAAACCUUGCCCUACUUUAGUGUUUUAGACUUUUUUUGUAUUGUUUUAUGUAAAGAAAUAUGGGAUGUAAUUUUGCUUAAAAAUCUAAAUUAUUUAAAUCAUCCUAUUUAAUAUAGGAUAUGAUGUGGUAAAAUCACUCUCAUAAAUAUAAUUAGAAUGAAAGAGUAUUAGUUUGAGCAAAGCCCUUAUGGUGUUACAAAGUGUUUAAAAGGAAGAGUUUGUUAGAAAUUAACCAUAUUAAAACGUAUUUAUUUCCUUUUCUGACAAAGAGGCAACAAAUAAGUUAUCUGGAUAAUCCAGUUACAAGAUCGGAUCCACAGCUAUUUACUAUAAAUCUGCAGUUGAUCCGUUUUUAUUUGAGCUUUUGAGGGGAACCUAUGUUCUAUCUACCAGCCGUGUUCAGUCGCUGUUAGAAUAUUUUUCGUACGUAAACAUUCGGAGUGUGUGUCGUUAAAUUCUUUCUUUGAUCUCAGGAUCUUUUGCUGUGAUGAUGUGUAAAAGAAAAAGUUGUAGCUUUCUCAAAAAGCUGCCUCAAAUCUGUAUUCUAUGUGUAG